AUGGUAGAAAAUGAUGUAAUUUCUAAUAUCGGUGAUGAUUCACUGAGUCAUGUACCGCCAAGGGUACAGGAGGAUAAAUCACCUUUAUUACAUGCCAUAAGAGGUGAGCUAUUGCAAGAUAGCAGCUUUUCGUUGCCAGGUUUCGUAGCUGCCGAGAUUGAAGAAAGAGAGGAACUAUAUAGAGAGGCAUCUAUUGCUUCAAACCAACAUCAUGACUAUGGUAGUGUAGCGAAUUCUAUCAUUUUAGAUAAUGAUAAAAACAACUUGUCACCGACAAGAUUAAGACUUGCGAUGUCUUCUAUGUAUUUGGGAAUAUUUUUAUCAGCUUUGGACAAUACAAUUGUGUCAACUUUAUUGGCUCGAAUCGGUUCAGAAUUCAAUGAAUUGCCUAGAAUUUCGUGGAUUGCAACCGCUUACCUUUUAUCUAGUGCCACUUUUCAACCUUUAUAUGGCAAGAUUUCUGAUAUCUUUGGAAGAAAAAUAGUUUUAACAUUCUGUAAUGUUAACUUCUUUAUUGGAUGCCUGAUAUGUGGUACUGCAAAAUCAUUUUGGGUUUUAGUCAUUGGUAGAUUUAUAUCUGGAGUUGGUGGAGGUGGUAUCACAUCAAUGAGCACAAUUACAGUUAGCGAUAUCAUUCCAUUGAGAAAUAGAGCAUUAUACCAAGGUGUUUGUAAUUUUUACUAUGGGUUAGGCAUUGCACUAGGUGGUAUCAUUGGAGGUUGGUUUACUGAAAAGUUAGGCAGUUGGAGAGGGGCAUUUUUAUUUCAGGUUCCAUUAUCAGUUAUAAGCACAGUAACGGUUAUGGUAUGGCUACAGUUGCCUAAAGAUAGUAAAAGCUAUGGUUUAGAAAUAACAAUGAGUAAUAAUUCAAGCAAUAAUGGCACUGAAAGCAUCAUAAUGAAGAAACUUAAAACUAUUGAUUGGUAUGGUGCAAUGUCGCUGGUAAUUUUCCUGCUUUCUUUUAUGAUACUAAGUUCGGCUGGAGGGUCAGAUAUUUCUGUCAAGUCGAAUACAUUCUUAUAUUUGACCCUUAUUUCGGUUACGUCAUUUAUUAGUUUUAUCUACAUUGAAUUAAAGUUUGCUAAGGAUCCAAUAUUGCCAUUGGUAUUUUUAAAAGAUAGAAGUGUUUUAGGAUCUAGCUUAAGUAACUGGUUUACAAUGAUGUUAUUAAUGACCAUCAGUUACUAUCUUCCAAUUUAUUUCACAAGUGUUAUGGGUAUUGGCGCAUAUGACGUUGGUAAAAGAACGUUACCAAAUUUUUUCAGUGUUGCAUUUGGUUCCUUAGGGGCAGGUUAUUACAUGAAGAAGACUGGUAAAUAUUAUUGGUUUGUAACAUUCUUCUGUUUGGUUGUAGUCAUUGGUUGCUUACAAAUAUACUUAAUUAACGACGGAAUAUCUGUUUGGAGACAGUAUUUACUAAGUUUUGUACCUGGUCUUGGUGCCGCAGUUUUAAUUACAAUUGCAUUAUUGUCUAUGAUAGUUGCAGUUCCUCAUGAAUAUCAAGCAGUCACUACAUCAAUUUCGUAUGCCUUCAGAUCAACCGGAUGUACAUUAGGUGUAUCCAUUGGUGCGGCUUUAUUUCGAGAUUCGUUAAAUAAAUAUUUGAGAGCAAAGAUAUUGGAAUUAGGCUCACAGAAUGGAAAUUACAGCGAAAAAGAAUUAUUACAAAUAAUAGACCAUGCAUCCAAAUCAAUAGAUUGGGUACAUAAUGAAGCUCCGCGUUUUUUCAAAAGGACAAUAUUAGAAUGUUAUCAUUAUGCAUGUAAAAAGGUUUUCUUAUUUUGUUUAAUCUGUAGCGUAUUAGCAUUACUGUCAAUUAGUAUGAUUAAAGAACAUAAAUUACAUUCAUCAUUGGAUAGAAAAGAGGACGAUACACCAGGAAGCGAAGAAAUACAAGACAGCAUGAACUAG